UCUCUGUCUUUUCUCCCCAGUCUAGGAACAAUGAAUAAGUCAGGGGUAUCUACUGUGACACAGUUUGUCUUGUUGGGCUUUCCUGGCCCCUGGAAAAUGCAAAUUAUCCUUUUCUCAAUGAUUUUGUUCAUCUACAUCUUGACUCUGACUGGAAAUAUGACCAUCAUUUGUGCGGUGAAGUGGGACAGCAGACUCCAUACCCCUAUGUACAUGCUCCUGGCCAACUUCUCCUUCCUAGAGAUCUGGUACGUGACCUGCACAGUCCCCAAUAUGCUGGUCAAUUUUUUUUCCAAAACCAAGACCAUAUCCUUCUCCGGUUGUUUUAUUCAAUUUUACUUCUUUUUUUCCCUGGGCACAACUGAAUGUUUCUUCCUCUGUGUCAUGGCUUAUGAUCGGUAUCUAGCCAUCUGCCAUCCACUGCACUAUUCCUCCAUCAUGACUGGACAGCUAUGUGCCAUCCUGGUGUCCCUUUGUUGGCUCAUUGGUUUCCUUGGAUAUCCAAUUCCUAUUUUCUUCAUUUCUCAACUACCCUUUUGUGGUCCCAACAUCAUUGAUCACUUUCUGUGUGAUGUGGACCCACUGAUGGCAUUAUCCUGUGCCCCUGCACCCAUCAUAGGACAUAUAUUCUAUUCUAUGAGCUCUGUUAUCAUCAUUCUCACCAUGUUGUACAUCCUUGGGUCCUAUAUCUUGGUGCUCAGAGCUGUGCUUCAGAUUCCUUCUUCAGCUGGGCAGCAAAAGGCCUUCUCUACCUGUGGAUCCCACUUAGUUGUGGUUUCUCUGUUCUAUGGAACUAUAAUGGUGAUGUAUGUAAGUCCUUCAUCUGGUAACCUAGCUGCUAUGCAUAAGAUCAUCACACUGAUAUACUCCAUAGUGACACCAGUCUUAAACCCUCUCAUCUACAGCCUACGCAACAGGGACAUGAAAUUUGCCCUUCGUCAGGUCUUUUGUGGAAUGAGAAUUACCCAAACAUCAUGA